AUGGCCAGCGUCAUGCGCCACGUUCAGCAUCUGCUGGCGGUGGCUGCCAUUGCUGCCGUUGCCACCCACGGCGUCACGACCACGCACCUCCAGUUCUACAUGCACGACACGGUGACGCCGUCCGCCGGCAGCCCAGCCACGGCGGUGCGCGUGGUGAGAGGCCCCACGCCGGCGCCGGGCGACCCCAUCAACCGGUUCGGCGACUUGUACGUGAUCGAUGACCCGCUGACGGAGGGGCCCGACCUGGCGUCCCGCGCCGUCGGGCGCGCGCAGGGGUUCUACCUCAUGGCGUCCCGUUCGAUCGACCAGCUGCUGCUCUCCGCCAACAUGGCGUUCACGGCGGGGAAGUACAACGGCAGCUCCAUAACCCUGUUGGGCAGGGACGCCAUCUUCGACGAGAUCAGGGAGCUCCCCGUCGUGGGGGGCACGGGCGGGUUCCACGGCGCCGCCGGGUACGGCUUGAUCCGGACGCACUCAUUGAACGCUAGCAACAACAACGCCGUGCUUGUGAUCGACAUGUACCUGAUGCUGUAACGACUAUCUACCUGCAUCUUAUAUAUGGGUAAGGGUGGGUACACUAGGCCAUAAAAAAUUUGUGCUGACGGCUACAAGUGGUCUGUACUGGUGGGCUGAGCACCCGCUAGCAACCUUGAGCCAACAGAAAUGCCGUCUGUGCUGGCGAGUGCCCGCCCGCCAGCACAGAGCAGUCUGCGCUGGCGGGUGACAUUAGCCACUCGCCAGCACAGAUGCUUUCUGUGCUAGCUGGU